ACAACUAAUAGUACAAGUAAAGUUAGUACUAGUACAAGUAAAGUUAGUGGCAGAUCUAGAAUCAAUGAAGCAAGUAACAGUACUAGCAAAGCUAAAACAAGUAAUACUAGUACUAGCAAUGUAAGAGUUAGAACAGCUAAAGAUCUACCAUUUGUGAAUGUUACUGUUAAUUCUCCUAUAGCUAAGAGGAAAUUAGAUUUAAAUGAAACUAACAAUAAAGUUAUAGAUCAAAAUAAGCCUAAAGAUAGAAAAGUAAAAGACGAUAAAGAAGUUAAAGUUAUUAAAACAAAUGAAAAAGAUGAUGGAGAAAGAAUUAGAACAAAAACGAGGACUUUAGAUGAAGAUGAAGUGAAAGAAUUGACACCUGAUAGAAUAGAUAAUAAUGAAGAAAUGAUAAAUUUGAAACAGAAGUUGGUUGCGAGACCGAAGGCUUUUUAUGUGGGGCUGGAUGGAGAUAAGGAUAAGGCUCCGACCAAAAGCGACGAAGAGGUUAGCUACGAAGAUGACUUCGAAAGCUACGAAUCUGACUUCGAUUCUUACCACAGUGAGAAUACACAAGGAAGCUCUGAACAUGAGACCGAAGGUGGGAGAGAGAUGGAGGUUGGAGAGGACGCGGGAGAGAGAGAGAAGGAAAAGGAUGAGGAGAAUAUGCUGGAUUCAGGGAGCUUCGACCUUCGCGAGCAGCGCUCAGCCAAAUCCAAGCCUUCAGCCAUGGAGUUCAUUCCGGAGACAGAAGAAGACAAGGCCAGUUCCCUGGACGAGGGGUUCCAGGACAGCUCCAGUGCUGUCUCCAGCAUGAGGACAGUGGAAGUGCUGGAGAGACCCCUCUUCAUAGAUUUCAACAAAUCAAAAGAGAAAAAACGCAAGAGACGCAUAGUCGAUAACAUGUUGCGUCGAGCAAAAGACAUAUUGAGCAUGGUAACACUGCACGAAAUGUCAUUCACGCUCUUCGAAAUGAAGCCCAUAUCCUACGACUUGUAUAUGGCAACAUUCGGCCGAACGAAUUAUACGCAAAGUGCAGUUCAAACUUUUGAUGAUGGUAUCACUGAGGAGAUUCAAACGGAUGAGAUUGAUGUAGAGAAUAAGUGGACACAACAUCCUGUUAAAUUUUCAAAAGCAGAUGUAUACUUAAAUGAUCAUACUUUGAAGAAAAAUAAAAGGAAUAGUGAUGAUUAUACGUCGAAAUUUAAGUUUUUAUUCGAAGAUCGUGGGACCAAUGAUUUUGAUACAUUCAAAGAAUACAAAGAGAAUGAAUUAAGGAUUUUACUCGAGCAAAAAAGUGGGGUUGGCAGUUGUGAAAUGUUGCCACAUGAAAUAUAUAAGAGUAAAUUAAAGGAUGAUUUUAGUACGAACGCAUUGGGAAGGUUUUUGAAGAAGGUUGAAAGGAAAGUCAGCCAUGUUUUAAAUUUAAAUGGCAUCGUAUCUGACAAUGUAACAAAAUCUAACUUGCCGUUUAGCUCUGGAUAUGUCGGUAUAACAACAAAAAAUGUCUCGGAAGAGAAGUCUUUUCUAAAACAAGCAAAAAUUACAAGUUUAAUAUUUUCAGAGGAUAAAAGCAAUUUAAUUUUGACGGUGCAUAAGAAAUUUACUAAUGGAGUUUUGGCGGGGAAAUGUCUAGUUUGUCUAUGGGACGCUAGUGUUGCCAGGAGUGAGUUGAUAAAAAUUUUGGUUGCCAUAGAUAAUGUGGUUUUAGGAAGAUUUAGAGGAAAUACUGAUGGACUGCUUGUAGCCGCUUUAGAAGAUGGUUCCUUGCAUCUUUGGGACUUGUCAGAAGAACCGACAUGGCGGGACGAUGUUGCCAGCUCGAAAAAAGAUGAAAUAGUCCAAAUAAAUACGGAAUUAUUGACCGCAGCGGAAAUUGAUAGAGAAUUUAAUCAGAAGAAUAUCAAUGUUAAUGAUCAGCAUCCACAGAUAGCUCAAGCCUUACAAGCGUGCGCGUACACAAGCAGUGCUACCAACUUAACGGACGGAGAGGUCAUUGACCGCACGGUGGGAUUGGAGUACCUCAGGGCGACGCUAGCGCAGGACAGCGGGCGGAGAGUUGUGGGCCAGGUCUGUUCAUUACAACGGCUAGGAAUCCUAACAAUAUGGACGAUAAUUCAAGAAAAAUCCAAAACUCACGACUUAGGCAAAGCGUUCUGGUCCAAAAUGAAACUAGAAAAAACUCAAACAAUAUCUAUAGCCAAACUUCUUAGCGCUAAAGACAUAAGCGACAACGCUUUCAAUUUAAACGCUGGUAAAAAGAGGUUAUUAAAAAGAAAACAAGACAAAAUACUGGCCAGAAAUUUUACGCGCCAAAAAUCGGCAGAGAGUGACAUUGACAGACCGCGCAGUGUUGCAAGCGCAAGAAAAUUGCCAGUUGAAAAUAAAUUACCCCACGAUUGGGAGAGUGGGGUUGUGUGUGGAGAUUUGAAAAUAGUGCAGUACAAUAAUAGUGAUAGGUUUUUGGUGGCAAAGAAUAAUGGGGAGGUUUUGAGUUGUACGAGGAGUUUGGGCGCUGUGAAGAUUGAAAGGCUGUGUGUUUCUACGGACACUUCCUCUAUAACGUGCCUGGAGGUUUCACCCCAUGGACCCUAUUUCCUCGCAGCAUCAGACGCUGGGACCAUCAGCCUGUACUCCCUGAUGCAGGCCAGAGUAUUGCUCACACUGGACUGCCGCAACAGCCCUCCGCAAGAACCAUCAGGACCGCAAGCCGACUUCAAGGGUAGGUUCGUCGAUAGGCCGCCAAGUCACAGUCACAGUGCCGGUGAUAUCAAUUUAACUAGCAGGCUAUCCGUGACAUCAGUCCUCUGGUCUCGCGUCAAUCCGUUCUGCAUUUUCUCCGUAUCUCCGGAAGGUCUUUCCUGCUGGGAGCUCACUCACAGCGAUAUAUACCCUAAACACACGGGAGUAAAGUCCACAAUCACCUGCAUGUCCAGCGAUGGAACUUUAGCACUGGUGACCAAGGAAGGAGACGUCCAAGUACAUAGGCUGUCCGACACCAAAGAGAAAUCUGUAGACUACACGAAUCUAUUUCACAAAUACAUAGCACUUUUAUAGACCAUAGACCAUCAG